AAGCUAGCGUUGCAGCUUGAAGGCAGCUAGCUAACGUUAGGUAGCUCGUUGGUUAAUUUAAAAGCAAAACAAAAUAGCUAGUUAGCUAUUCUUGUUAGCUAGCUUGCACGUUUUGCCGUCAUGUCAAUUCUUGUUCUGUCGUUCUGCUCCAGUGUUCUAGCGCAAGCAGCAGAGAGUGGUACAUCAGCCAAGAGCAUGCCUUUCCUCCAUGGCUUUCGCAGGAUUAUAUAUGAGUAUCAGCCCCUGGUGGACGCCGUGCUGUGUGUUGUUGGUCUGGAGGAAGGGACAAGCACUGGAGAGAGGAGCCGUAGCCCGGAGGAUGAGGACAGUCUAUGCGGGUCUUUAGUGGAGCUGCUGGAGAAGGAGUCCCAGUCAGCUGUGUUUGAGGAGGGGAUCAGCUAUGCUCUGUUUAAGGUUGCUGAACGGGGACUAGUCUGUGCAGCAGAAGUCCUUCUACGAUAUGGAGCAGAUCUCAACUUUGAGGACCCUGUGUCUUAUUACAACCCACUGCACAUUGCUGUACUGAGGAACAGGCCGAUUAUGGUGAGGUUGCUGGCUGGACAUGGAGCUGACAUUAACAAGCGAGAUCGGAUCCAUGAAAGUAGCCCCUUGGAUCUCGCUAGUGAAGAGGCAGAGAGACUGCCUUGUAUGCGCACACUGCUGGACAUGGGUGCUGACGUGAAUGCAAGAGAUAAAAAUGGAAAAUCACCCUUGCUACAUGCCCUAGCUAGCAGUGAUGGACUCACUGUGCAUAACACAGAAAACAUCCGGCUGCUACUCCAGAGAGGUGCAGAUGUUCAUGCUGCCACACUGGAUGGAGAGACGGCUGUAUCCUCGCUGGUCUUUCUGGUGAAGGAGGCUCUGGAGGGCUCUGUGGCGGAUGCAGCUGAGAUCGGUCGCUUCUGUCUGAGGGCCACGCGGCUGCUUCUGGCCCACGGGGCUGACCCCAGCUGCUGCCUUACCCCCGACGGGGAGGAGGAUGGGGAACCCUCCCUGACAGUGACCAGCCUGGAGCACUUUGAUCGGCUCUUUCCCCUGGCAGUGCUGCUGCUGCAGAGUGGUGCCUCCUUCCACUGCUCUCGCCACGGAGCCUCCUGCUGGACAGGCUACAGGCUGGUAUUCCAGAGGCUCCAGACGGCCCUGCUGGACUGUUCUGAUGCAGAGCAGGCGGCUGAGCUCCUGGAGCAGGCUGAGGUCCUCCUGGACUUGGCCCGGGUGUCCUCCCCAAGUCUGGCCCUGCCCCUGGACCUGCCUAUGCCAGACCAAGACCCCAAUGCACAGACAUUGCGGGACCUCCAUCGGCGUGUGGUGGAGCAGGAGACCGGCCCUCCCCCCCUGCGCUGCCUCUGCAGGGCCUUCAUCCGGGGUCACCUGCAGCCCUGGCCCCUGGACGACAGGGUGAAGGCUCUGCCCUUACCUGACAGACUGAAGGAGUACCUGCUUCCCGAACACACCCUGAGCCCCAAGCCAGGAUGGGACUGCUUCAAGCCCCAGCAUACCCUACGCUGACGACACAUGUUUUUACACUGGUAACUGGGGAUGACACAUUGAUUAAUUGACCUUUAUCCUUUUGUAAUGAUUUGGUGUCCUAACACCAAAUCUAUCAAUGUACUCAGAACCUGCCAUUGAGGCCUUUGUUUUGUUGUUCAAGUGUGUGUGCCAAAUCAUACAAAGAAUCUGAAUGUUUACUAUCACGAGAUCAAGAUCACUUAUACUCAGACAUUUCUUAAGAAUAAGUUGUGUAACUUCCAUACGUUUGCACUGCUGGAAGGGUGCAGAUGAGUCUUUUGUUAAAUAUUAGCAGAGAAGGUUGGACUUUGUCAUCUGAAUAAAACAAUCAGGAUCAGUUAUUCUGCAUCUUUUUUCUGU